GGCGCGGGGCCGCGGCCGCGGCGCUGCUCGGCCUGGGGAGCGCCCGCCCGAUGGCGGGGCGAGAGGACGGGCGGGACUGGGCGUACAGGGUUGAUCCAUAUGGGUUUGAAAGGCCAGAAGACUUUGAUUAUGCAUCCUAUGAAGCAUUCUUUUCCAGAUACCUAGUGGUACUCACUAGAAGAGCAAUAAAAUGGUCCAAGCUCCUAAAGGGGAAAAACAGUAUACAGAAGAGUUUGAAAGUGAAGAGAUAUAUCAGGAAAGGCAUCCCCAAUGAACACCGUGCAUUGGUCUGGAUGAUUGUGAGUGGGGCCCAAACCAACAUGGAACAAAACCCUGGCUAUUACCACAGACUACUUGAAGGAGAGAAGAAUGCCAAGCUGCUUGAAGCAAUCAAAACAGACAUGAACAGAACAUUUCCAGAUAAUGUAAAAUUCCGCAAAACUGCUGAUCCGUGUUUGCAGCACACACUCUACAAUGUAUUGGUCGCAUAUGGGCAUCAUAAUAAAGCAGUAGGAUAUUGUCAGGGCAUGAACUUCAUUGCUGGAUACCUGAUUCUUAUUACAAAGAAUGAAGAAGAGUCCUUUUGGUUGCUAGAUGCUCUUAUUGGAAGAAUAUUGCCUGAUUAUUACAGUCCUGCAAUGUUGGGCCUGAAAACUGAUCAGGAAGUUCUCGGAGAACUUGUGAAAAUGAAAGUUCCAGCUGUGGCAGAGCUGAUGGAAAGACAUGGAGUCAUGUGGACCCUAGUGGUGUCACGCUGGUUUAUAUGCCUGUUCAUUGACAUUCUUCCAGUGGAGACUGUGCUCCGAAUAUGGGAUUGUUUAUUCUAUGAAGGUUCAAAGAUCAUCUUCCGUGUGGCCUUAACAUUGAUUAAGCAAAACCAAGCUUUUAUUUUGGAAGCCACAAAUUUCCCUGACAUUUGUGAUAAAUUUAAGCAGAUCACCAAAGGAACAUUUGUAACAGAGUGUCACAGCUUCAUGCAGAAAAUCUUCACUGAUCCUGGAAGCUUAUCCAUGGCAACAAUCAACAAACUCCGAGAGACUUGCAGGGAGAAGUUGCUUUCUCAGGGAUAAUGUGCCAGAUGUAACCAGGUGGUCAGAUACUACAGCAAUUGACACAUUCCUCUAUUUGCACUGAUUAAAGCACACUUUAAGCUUUCCAUGAAUUAAUUGACACUUGACCAAUUUUCCUGCCUUUCAAGUAAGUGUGUUAACACUUUGUACUGUAUGUCAGAUUUGAUAUCUGGAACUGGUGGUUCUGUUAUUGUUGUUGGUGGUGUGUUGUUUUUAUUUUUUAAGGAUUAAGGUAUCUUCAGACUAGAAUGUGAUCCAUGUCAGGACCCUCCUUUUAAAAAAAUAGUCCCAGGGAACUUUGUAAUAUUAAAAGCAAACAGAUGUAUAAAAUUAUGUAUUACUGUGUUAACUGUGACAUCAUUACUAUUUGUACAAAAUAAAUUAAUUUAAUUUGUCAGAACCUGUUCCUUGGUGUAGAGAGUAAAAUAUGUGAUCUGAGUCCUGACUGCCAGUCACUGGCUGGAAUACAGGCAUCUUUUUCCUCACUGUUCUCACUUAAGGAACUCAAAUACAGCAAAGUACAGGGCAAGAGAGCAAUCAGUUAUCUUCACUAGCAGUUGAUGUAUGCAGUGUGAGAUAGAGCAGCAGUAGUGCAAUUCUCCCACACCCAUGUCCCUAAAAUUUUGAGGAGAAACACUUGUAAAGACAUCCAUGAACAGACAGACUUCUUUGACGGGAAGAUACUGGGUAGUUCCAAAGUCUGCACUGGCACCAGGCCACUUUCAGCCCUGCUUGGGCCAGGAGUCUGGGAAUUGAUUUCUUGUCCAUACAGAGCCCUCUGGUGGCCAAAUCCUCUCCUUCCAGCUGGGGAAAGGAGGAAAGGCAACUGGAGCAUUGUGUGGGGUUGCAUGGUCCCUGUGCAGCUGCUGUGGAAAGCCUCACCUUUGAACAGCACAAUCCUUCUCAGAAUUUACUCCAAGCUCUCUUCAUUCCUUGUGAAGCAUGGCUUUCCCCUAUCCUACAAAUUGAGAAUUUUUUAUUCCUCAGCAGAAAAAAAAGAAUCACCUUUUUCAGAGGAAGUAGAGGAGUGCUUUUCUAGACAACUAAAGACUGCUACUCAGCAGUGAUUCUGAGCUAUCCUAUCCCUUAUGGGAUAUCCCUUUUUCCUCAAGUACUGAAUUGUAAGGAUAGCAGCAGUAACAUUCUUCUAGGAAACAAUAUUCACUACUAGCAAAAUUCAUAGCUUCCAGGUACCUUCAAGGUCACAGGGCAUUUGGUCUUAGUACAGCAGCCUCACUGCCCUGCAUCAGGUUCUCUUGGUCAGGAGUGUUCUGUGCAAGGUUUUGGUGUGUCCUGGUUGCACAUUGCCCUCAGCAGAUGUUGCGUUUCCUACUUUGUAGUAAGAGGCCAACUUCAAAAUCAAACAUGAAGUAUCAUUUACACAGGCCUUAGACUAAGAACCUUAGCAGCAAGUCAGAAAGUGAGGCUUAGCCAGGCAGACUGCUGUGGGGACAUGUCUCAGGAAGUGGCAGUUCAAAGAGUUAACUUCUCCAGGUCUCAGGUUACCCACACACAGCUUUCCUUGUUUCCAAACACAAAGUGCAAAACGAACCUGAUUCCAACCUGAUUCCAACACUCACACGUUAAAGUUUUCCUUUGUGCCACAAACUAAAAACUUAAGCACUUCUUUAACUCCACACUAAACAAUGUUUGAAGGUUUCCAAGUACAGCCAAAUCAUGACUUCAACCCUCAAUAAAUGGUCAACAAAAGGUUUUAAGAGUGAUCAGCAAUACUAAGAAAUACAGAAAAAAAAAGUCUUUAUUAGCAUUGUUACAGGCAAUGCAUACAUAAGAACUGAUCCUUAAAGUGUACAACCCCCCAGCCAAGUUUAAAGCAAUAGAAUCAGCAGAUUGAGAUCUAUAUUGUACACAUGUGCAGUAACAGGAUCUCUCUGAACCUUCCAACAGAAUAGACUGAAAUCACUUUACAAAAAAAAGUAAAUAAAAAUAACACCCAUUUUAAAAAAGUACCAGCUCCUAACGAGCUAGCAUAGCAUCAAAAAUAUCAAACAGGGGAGUUGUCCAAUCGUAAAGAGUUCCUGUAAGGUUUGAGUAUUGCAUCCUUCACACCCUGCAUGUGCCAGGCAUUGAGUUUAAAGCUUAGUAAAAAAUG